AACUUCUUAAUUUAAGAUGCGUUCUCUUCGUCUAAACUCAAGUGCCCACUCUACUGUUGAAAUCAAACCUGUUUUCCCCGCGUUAGCAUUGAAACCUCUCCUUCCCACCUGAACUCAAACUUAAACUCAAACUCAAACUCAAACCCUCAAUUUUCCAAUGGCUGAAGAUCCACCUCCUCCAUUACCAGAACUCACAGAAGAACAAAAACAAAGAAUUGAAACCAACCGUUUACGCGCCUUAGCCAAACGUAAAACCCUUUUAACUCAACAUCAUCAUCGACCUUCUUCAAACCCUCAAAACCCAAAUGAUUGCUGGAGGUUAUUCAAGUCCAGAAAAGUAUUUAACCCAUCAACAAAUUUUCCCAAUUGCCCCAAAUUUGAAUCUCCUGCUCCGUCUCAGAGGUUUCGGGUUCGGCUCGAGGCCUGUUCCCCUGAUUCUUUCUCCAUUACUCCUUACCUGCUUCAAGGGUUUCCAUUUCCGGGUCAACAUCAAUGCUUUCGUAUUUUGGAGGAUUGUCUGUCAAAUGUUAUGUUGACACAUUAUACGCAAAUCCAUGGUGGUGGGGAGGCCUCUGUUUAUAAAUUUAGAGAUUAUGACGCAGUUCUUAGAUGCUUAAAGAACUGCAAGGACAUUGAAGUUGAAGAAAUACCAUGGACGACUUAUAAUGUGCUGGAGAAGCUUUCUGAAUCCUACAUUUCUGGACAAUGGAUAACGUGUAGGCCUGAGCACUUGUCUGAUGAGACAGUUGAGGGACUGGUAAAGAAGCUACCAAGAAAAUUGUUGGAUACUCUCCUCCCUUUUCAGUUUGAUGGACUAAGAUUUGGAUUGCAAAGGGGGGGCCGGUGUCUUAUUGCUGAUGAGAUGGGGCUUGGCAAGACCCUUCAGGCCAUUGCUAUUGCUAGCUGCUUUGCUGAGGAAGGCUCAAUACUUGUUGUCUGCCCUGCUAUCUUGCGGUAUCAAUGGGCUGAAGAAUUGGAGCAUUGGCUUCCUUCUUAUUUGCCAGCUGAUAUCCAUCUUGUGUUUGGUCAUAAAGACGAUCCUCAGCAUUUGAAGAGUCAUCCUAAAAUUGUGGUAAUUUCAUAUACAAUGCUGAAUCGUUUGCAACAUAGUAUACGGAAAUUGAAAUGGGCUAUCAUGAUAAUUGAUGAAGCACAUCAUAUACGUUGUUCAAAGAAGAAAAUGGAGCCCAAAGAGAUAAGAGCUGUUCUUGAUGUGGCUUCUCAGGCUCAACGCAUAAUAUUACUGUCAGGAACACCAUCUUUGUCAAGACCGUUUGAUAUAUAUCAUCAGAUAAAUAUGUUAUGGCCCGGCCUGCUGGGUAAGGACAAGUUUGAGUUUGCAAAAACUUACUGUUCUGCAAAACUGGUCAAGGAUUUUCAAGGGAAUUCAUUCAUGGAUUACUCAAGGGGAACUCGUCUGGAGGAGCUGAAUGUUUUACUUAAACAAACUGUCAUGAUACGGCGCUUGAAGGAGCAUUUGCUAGUGCAGUUACCACCUAAACGUCGACAAAUCAUAAUGCUGUCACUAAAAAAAUCAGACAUCGAUUUGGCUAAGAAAUUUGUUGCAGAUCUGGGAGAGACAUCUACUACCAAUGAUGCUGGUAAAGAUGAUGGAAAUGACAAUGGAGGGCAUAAACGAGAGCUCUCUGAUCAAGUGCUUGGUAUUUCUAAGGUCUCUGGAUUUCUUGAGUGGCUUUCCCUUCACCCUAUUGUUACUGAAGCAGAUGACCCAGGUAGUACUGACGUCAAUGCAAGUUCUCACAAAAUGAUAAUAUUUGCUCACCAUCUCAAGGUCCUAGACAAGUUACAGGAGUUUAUCUGUGGCAAAGGCAUUGGUUUCGUACGCAUUGAUGGUAGUGUACUUGAUUAUGACCGGCAAAUUGCUGUAAAGUCAUUCCAGUCAUCAAAAGAGGUCAAGAUUGCUAUCAUUGGAAUUCAAGUUGGCUAUGCAGGACUUGAUCUUUCAGUGGCUCGUAACGUGGUCUUCUUGGAGCUCCCCAAGGACCCAACUUCCUUGCAGCAGGCUGAGGAUAGAGCUCAUAGAAGAGGACAAACCAAUGCAGUCAACAUCUAUAUAUUCUGUGCAAAGAAUUCAUCUGAUGAAUCACGCUGGCGAAGGUUGAACAAGAGCAUGCAAAGAGUUUCAUCUGUAAUAGAUGGGAAAUAUGACGCAAUAAGAGAGAUUGCGGUUGAUAAGAUAUCAUGUAUCGGAAAGUUGAAUGUGCAUGAAAGUGUUAAUUCAAGUAAUGAUGCUUCAUCAAUUGAAGUGUAUCCGGCAACAGACAAUCUACAGCAGAGUAAAGCAGAUAAUGAUGUUGAUGUUAAGUGUGUCAAGUGUGUUAUGCAGGCAGAUGAUAUAAUUGAUAUGGCACAGAAUAUAACUAUUGAGAAGCCUCAUUGUUUGACCGUAGCUCAAAGCUUUGUUCAAGUAAAUAUGGAUUCACUUCGCUUUGCGGUGAGUCAGUAUACUGGAAGAGUUCACUUGUGCACUUGCGAUGAUGUAGAUGAUUUUGCACCAAGAUCACUAUCUGAAAAUUUCCGGUUGGAUGAAAUAUCAACUAAUCCCAGUGAGUGGACUUCUGUCUUCGUCAAGGAGAAUCCUGCUUGCCAGCUUGCUAUUUUAAGCUUCAUAAAUGAGUGGAAGAACCUAAAACGCAUUGAACAGAAAAAGUUGUCUGGAAAGCCUUUGCAGUUACCUCUAGCCAUUGAACUAUUACGUCUCAGUGAAAGCAACAACCAUGAUAGUAAUGGACUUCUAAAAGGAGGAAGCAGGAGAAGGCAUACACCAUUGUGCGAUAUAAACUACCCUUUACGAUCUAACACAGUGAUCAAGGAAGUUUGUCUCUGUGAUGAUAGCAGGAAGAAGAAAUUUCACAUACAAUACUGGACACUGAUGAAUGAACCCCUAUGCAAGCUCUGCCUAAGUCCUUGCUUGGGUAUGAAUGCCAAGAAGCCCAAGGUUUUUUUGGAUCUUUUCUGUUCAUUGGCCUGUUAUGAAGAAUAUCGCUUAAGAACUAGUGGCAGAUUCCUUCGUCAGGAACUUUUUCAAAUUGAACGUGGUAUUUGUACUAACUGUGAUCUGGACUGCCACAAACUUGUGCAGUAUUUAAAACCAUUAACAGUGGAAAAUCGUGAGAAGCAUAUCAAAAGUGAGGCACCGGAAUUGGCUAAGCGAAGAAAAUUGCAGCAAAAACUUGUUCGUGAACCAACUGAAGGUAACGCCUGGCAUGCAGACCAUAAAAUUCCUGUGUUCCUGGGAGGAGGUGAAUGCACAUUAGAAAAUAUGAGGACACUUUGUGUGGCAUGUCAUGCUGAUGUUACUGCGGCGCAGCGCAUUCAAUGGUGUAUGAUCAAGAAGCUAUUUAAGAAGGGCAUGGCCAGUUACACGAGACGCUCUAAAGGCCUUCCUCUUCUCAAGAAGCGAAGUUGUUCUGCAACAGAAGAGAAGAUAGAUGAUGACAGUCACUUAUUUGUUACUGUACCCAACAGUAAAUAUUCUGAAGCAUUUGAACAGAAGGAAGAGGAUAUCCAGAUAAAACAGCCAGAAAGCUUUGCCUAUAACAGAAGCGAAGUUGUUCUGCAAUAGAAGAGAAAAUAGAUACAGUGACUUAUUUGUAACUGUACCUGGCACUCCGGCAGCCUGUAUUCUCCAAGGUUGCUAACUUUUGUAUAAAGAAGAUUAAAUCUCCAUUCUUAGGUUCAAUGUCACCUGGUAAGUCCGCGGUAAGCAUGUAUCAGGUGAAAUCUGAGGCACUAAAGUGAUCAUACUGAUAUUUCCUGGAACAGCAAUUUGGCAGGAUUUUUCAGGGAAAUGUGUGCUAGAUAUUUUUGUAUUAUGUUAUUCUGUAAUUGUAGUAUAUAUAAUCUUAGAAUUCGGUUAACCAUAUGUUGUAAUCAACUGCUGUGGAGCACAGAAUAUUUAUUGAGUAAAUGAAUUGAAGUUCGUUCUUUCCUUAA